CCACCGGUUAUUCUGCCCUCACCCGUGGCCCAGGCCACGGCUGCCUUUCCCCCAGCCCACACCGACAGGAAGAUCUCUUUCCGGACCGAGGCCGGAGGCUGCGCCGGCGCGGAAUCCGGACAGCCGGCUUGACGGGCAUGGGGGCAUGCCCCGCUCACGCUCCUCUGGGACGGACCCGAGGACUGGGCUUCGCUCUCCCGAAAGGAUGGGGACGCUCCGGACGGACUCAAGAGGCCUGUUUACCUCAAUCAUGGAGUCUUCCUCAAAGGGUCUGCUCACUCAGGUUACUCAGUUCUGGAACCUCCUAGAUGAUCUGGCUGAAACUAAUCCUGAGAGCUACGAGAAGUUCAUUCAACAGCAGCUGAAAGAAGGGAAACAGCUCUGUGCCACCCCAGAGCCACAGCUCUGUCUACAAACCAGGAUCCUGAAACCAAAGGAAAAAGUACUUUUUAUUAACCUGUGUCAGUGGAAAAGGAUCCCAGCUCCCCAGUCAACCACUCAUCCAGUACCUCUAAGUGUUGGCAGACCAGAAGAUAUGUCUGAGACAUCAGAUGUUUAUACAGUCAUCGAUGUUGCCUACAAUCCUGAUGUUCUCCAGGCAGCAGAAAAGGACCAAGUGAAAAAAGAUCAGUUAAUACGGAUGACCAUGAAAUGCAUUGAGGAACAAUUCCAGUUCACUCUCUCAUACUCUUACAGUAUCACUAAAUUUAGAAUAAAAGGAAGCAUUCAAAGGAUGAAACAAAAUCUGAUAGGAAUGCAAGCUGACCCCACAGAUUUAAGAGAGAAAAUGAGAAAGGAACUAACCCCUGAACAGAUAAGUAGGACUGUGAGCAAUUCAGAUCACUUUCAGCUUUUAUUGCCAAAAGGUGAAGUUUCAAGCAAAACAAGGUGUCUGAUUGAGGAGAUUUCCAGUACAGAGAUCCAGGUAGAGAUGAAGGAACCAGCCUAUGAAUUAAAAAUUGUGGCUGACCAGAAUGAGAAACCUCUGGAAAUUGAAAUAAAAGUUGAAUUACCUGGUAUUAAUUCAGUAUCUCUCUGUGAUCUUAGUGUUUCUGAGGAUGAUUUAUUGAUUGAGGUCUCGGAGAAGUACAGAUUACAUCUGAAUCUUCCAGAAUCUGUGGAUACUGAAAUGACUACAGCCAGAUUUAUCAAAGAGAAAGCUACCUUAAUCGUCACAAUGCCAUUGGUAUAAUAAGAGCAUCAUCUGCUUUGAGUUUUCAGUGAUAAAGGCAUGUGAAUGAUAGGACCUUCAUUAUGGGUGAAGAGGUAGUGGUUUACCUUAAACACUAGUAUUUUCUAAGAGUUCUUUUUGAUGGAAUGAGAUUUUCUCAUCAACUUAAUGUUUAUCUUUUUUUUUAACUUUCUCCUCAAACUUGGCUAGAAGCAUAAACCAUUAAAAACAGUAUUGCCAUGA